GGAACCUAAAAAAUACUUAUUUUAAAUCUUUUUUGAUUAAUAUUUAUAGAACCGAGAGUUUGAAAUCACACAACAAACACAUGUUCACAUGCAUACUAGUACAAAUUGAGUUCCUUCAGUCAAUGAAGUGAGUUACACCUGAGGGCACUUGAAGCCCAGUGUGAAGUGACUUGAUCAAGAUUACCCAACCAGCUGGUGUCAUACCUGCAAUCCAGGUCUUUUGAUUCCAUGAAAAUGCCUCGUGUAAAAGCAGCUCAAGCUGGAAGACAGAGCUCUGCAAAGAGACAUCUUGCAGAACAAUUUGCAGUUGGAGAGAUAAUAACUGACAUGGCAAAAAAGGAAUGGAAAGUAGGAUUACCCAUUGGCCAAGGAGGCUUUGGCUGUAUAUAUCUUGCUGAUAUGAAUUCUUCAGAGUCAGUUGGCAGUGAUGCACCUUGUGUUGUAAAAGUGGAACCCAGUGACAAUGGACCUCUUUUUACUGAAUUAAAGUUCUACCAACGAGCUGCAAAACCAGAGCAAAUUCAGAAAUGGAUUCGUACCCGUAAGCUGAAGUACCUGGGUGUUCCUAAGUAUUGGGGGUCUGGUCUACAUGACAAAAAUGGAAAAAGUUACAGGUUUAUGAUAAUGGAUCGCUUUGGGAGUGACCUUCAGAAAAUAUAUGAAGCAAAUGCCAAAAGGUUUUCUCGGAAAACUGUCUUGCAGCUAAGCUUAAGAAUUCUGGAUAUUCUGGAAUAUAUUCACGAGCAUGAGUAUGUGCAUGGAGAUAUCAAGGCCUCAAAUCUUCUUCUGAACUACAAGAAUCCUGACCAGGUGUACUUGGUAGAUUAUGGCCUUGCUUAUCGGUACUGCCCAGAAGGAGUUCAUAAAGAAUACAAAGAAGACCCCAAAAGAUGUCACGAUGGCACUAUUGAAUUCACGAGCAUCGAUGCACACAAUGGCGUGGCCCCAUCAAGACGUGGUGAUUUGGAAAUACUUGGUUAUUGCAUGAUCCAAUGGCUUACUGGCCAUCUUCCUUGGGAGGAUAAUUUGAAAGAUCCUAAAUAUGUUAGAGAUUCCAAAAUUAGAUAUAGAGAAAAUAUUGCAAGUUUGAUGGACAAAUGUUUUCCUGAGAAAAACAAACCAGGUGAAAUUGCCAAAUACAUGGAAACAGUGAAAUUACUAGACUACACUGAAAAACCUCUUUAUGAAAAUUUACGUGACAUUCUUUUGCAAGGACUAAAAGCUAUAGGAAGUAAGGAUGAUGGCAAAUUGGACCUCAGUGUUGUGGAGAAUGGAGGUUUGAAAGCAAAAACAAUAACAAAGCGAAAGAAAGAAAUUGAAGAAAGCAAGGAACCUGGUGUUGAAGAUAUGGAAUGGUCAAACACACAGACAGAGGAGGCCAUACAGACCCGAAGUGAGGAGUCCCAAGGAGCAAUACAUCGAAGCAUGUCUCAGCCAGAGGCUAGCAGCAGCAGCUAUGACAGUUCAAGAACCAGAAAGAGAGUCCAGAAGUAAUUCAGAUGCUGUGAACCAGAUUUCCUUUUCUUUGUUUUCUUUUGACUUUUUUCUCCUUUUCUAUUUGAACUGUUUUAUUUUCCUGUGAGUCUUGCGAGGUGGAAGUAAUGAUUAAAUACUCAUGUGUUCAGAAAACAUAAACUUUUUUUAUAAAAAUAUUUUGUAUAAUUCAUUAAAGGCUAAUUUAUGAAAUUUGAAAAUCUUCAGGUUAUACUCCUUAAGUUAUUCCAAAGCCAUGUGUCUGUGAUGUUUUGGAGUACAUAUAUAUGAAAAUUAUUAUGACAUGCACUUUUCUAAUCAUUGUACAUUUCUCAGAGUGGAUAAAAAUGUUUGGCAAAGUCCUCACUUUUAAGGAAAUGCAAAGCUUAAAAUAAAAAUCUCUUUUGUUUGAUGCAAACACACAGUA